GCGUUUUCCUCCCUGGGCUGUUCCGGAUGAGACGCCUCCGCCCCUCUCAUCCUCUUAUCAGCGAGUAAGCGGCCAACAUGGAUGUCGUCAACCAGUUGGUGGCCCAAGGGCAAUUCACAAUAAUCAAGCAACCACUGGGAUUUAUAAAAGUCCUCCAAUGGAUCUUUGCGAUCUUCGCCUUCUCGACAUGCGGCAGUUACUCCGGCAUGUUCAAGAUGAGCGUGGAGUGUCAAAACCGGUCGGACAGUGACCUCAGCAUCGAAGUAGAAUUUGAAUAUCCAUUCAGGCUCCAUCAGGUAUACUUUGAUGCCCCCACCUGUAAGGGUGGGAACCCUGAGCGUCUAUUCCUGGUCGGUGACUACUCUUCCUCAGCGGAAUUCUUUGUCACCAUCGGUGUCUUCUCCUUCCUCUACUCCAUGGCAGCCCUCUCUGUCUACUGUUUUGUCUUGGAGAAGUACCGUGAAAACAACAAGGGUCCCCAGAUUGACUUUGUAGUGACGGCGGUGUUCGCCUUCAUGUGGCUGGUGUCGUCUUGCGCCUGGGCCAAAGGGCUGUCCGAUGUGAAGACGGCCACCGACCCCGAGAGAGUCAUCACCCUCAUCACAGCCUGCGACGAACGAGAGAAUCGCUGCCGUGAGGGCUACGACCCCAAAGUCUCCGGACUCAACACUUCGGUGGCUUUUGGCUUCAUCAACCUGAUCCUGUGGAUAGGAAACCUGUGGUUCGUCUUCAAGGAGACCGGUUGGAUGGGGGCCUUCGCGGGAACGUACAUGCCGUCGCAGGAAAAGCAGCCCGCCCCCGAUUCCUUCGCCCAGGCCGGCUACGGUCAGCAGGACCCCUACGCCGGCUCCCAGGGAGGCUACCAACCCGAAUAUGGCCAGCAGGGAGGCUACAACGAGGACGGAGGCUACAGCCAGGGCUACGAACAGCAGCCCACCUCCUACUCCAAUCAAAUGUGAGCCUGUGCGCUGACGCCACAGCUGCAAGAUGGGUGACCUUGUGAUUCCGGCGCUCAACCGCCGCCUGCAUUUCUGCACUCGUCUGUUAGUCUGUUUGUGUACAUGUGAGUUGGGGUGGGGGAGGGCUAUACGCGGGAGGGUGGAAAGGCCAAAAGUGGGUCGUGACCACCUUUAGGGAUGAGGAAGGGGUCAGGGAGGGAGGGCUUGGAGUCUUUGCUGUAACAUGAUGUUUAUUCUCGUGAUGUAUUUAACUAUAGAAGACAACAGAGGAUUGUCUGUUUGGUUAUACGAGAAAAACUUGAAUACAAAUACCAAAACAUUCAUUGACCUUGAACAUUUAAGAGGAAAUCUUGUCGUGGAAAAAAGAUUUACAUUUAUGGGCGGGGUAAAAACAUUGUAGUAAUAUUUAACUUGAGAGAAUGUAUUGUCUGUGCUGUGUAAAUAUCAACAUUCUAUGUACUCCGUUGAAUAAUUGUGCACUCCAUGUUAGUUGUUAUACAACAAAUGUAGAGCACAGAGUUAUUCAAUUGGAUUUAUUUGGGUUCUGUCUAGGAGUGCAUAGUUUGGCCUUUGCCCUUCAGCUCCUCUCCCGUCCAGUAUUCACACCAAUGUUUUUUGUUUUUUGUUUGUUUUGUUUUUAAUUCAUGACAUCAACUCUUUUCAUUAGAUUUUCUUAUUGCCUUUUUUUUUUUUGCGGUAGCAUUAGAAGCAGGGUGAAGGCCGAUGAAUUCUUAUGGAAAGGACUAUAAAGAGAAUUAACUGACCCUCGCUUUCUGACGCCCACCUUGGUGGGACACAAAAGCUGGUAGGUGCAACUGGGUGGAAUUUGAAAGAAAUGGGAGUGCCAGGUGUGGCAUUGUAUCGAUCCAAUUCUCUACCAAAUGUACAUUUUUUUUUUUUUUUUUACCGGGAUGAACACAAAUGCAACAUUUUGUGAGGUGAUGAAUAUGGGAAAGGACCUCAAAAAGGUGAUUUAUUUGGCCUAAAAAUAAUCAUCAGCAAUUUGAAGAGAAGGCCUUCACACUGCAUGCACCCAAAUUAAUAACAAGUAAUUAUGUGUAUAAAAGGUGACUUUUAGCAAUAGCAGUGCUUUGAAGUAGAUUUGUUUUCCACUUUAUUUCUCCGGGGGGUUUUUUUCCCCGUCGCUGUCAAGAGGACAUGCGAAUAUUUCCAAUCCAACACUUAAAGAUAAAAUUAGUGACAUACUUGAUUGCCUCUUCUAGUUCAUGUGCUCUUUCACAAACUGCUGUUGUGUGCUUUGAACAUUCUUAAUCAGGGCGGUGAGUGUCCGUUUUAGCAGUGCCCGUGUUUAUUUGUGGGUAUCGGCCAGAUUUUGUCAGUGAAUUUUGUCCUGUUUGUGCGGUUCAGAAAGUUGUAAGUCACAGUCCUAGAAUUUUGUUCCCCCCUUUACAUUAACUUGACCUGUGGGUAAUUGAAAAUAAGGUAUCGUACAUGUUUAAGACCUUGCCCUGGUAAACCUUUUAAAGUAGUCCAAACAAAAUGCCAGAGAUGUUUUUUCCCCAUCUAAAAUCCUCCUUUGAAUGGCAAGUGAAAUUACUGCACGCAUCAUCUUCCUCUUGCCCUGAGGUAUCCCUCAGCAUAUUUGAGAAGCCGGAGGACGGCGGCAGACUCCGCGGUGACACAACGGCAUGUUAGAUCCAUCGACAGUUACGCAAAGCACAAUUUAGGCAAUAAAGAUAAUUCAACAGCCCUGCCAGUUGUGUUUGAAGUGGUUGCAGAUGAGUCAUCCUUCGUAGUUUUGCUUCCACAGACCUCGCCUGAAUGAAUCCUUGUCCAUCUCCAGUAUUUUGGUCCAACGGUUAACACUGAAUUCACUCUCUUUAUUUCCAACUUUUCUCCUGUUCCCCCCCAAACACAGUUUUAUUCUCUCUGUAGCUCUUAUAAAUAUGCUCACAUGAAAUAUACUCUGUUGUUAGUGGUGAAUGAUGUCUUGUGAUACUCUCUACACCUUUGGAUAGUGCUGUGUUUAUUGUGUAUGAUGUAUACAUAUUAGUAUUUAUGAUAAUGAUAAGUCAGAGAAGAAAAAUAUCCAAGACUCUCCAGAAUUCUGCUGUAUUCUUACUGUAUGGGCUCCAUGUGAAACAAAAAUGAAAUAAACUUGAAAUUAUUCUGUUGAA